AUGGAAUACUCACUUGGGACAUGGCAAGACGUCAAGAAACAAGCAAUGAAGCAUCCGCGAUGCCCGUUUUGCGUAUUAAUCCAAUUCUUCAUUGAUAACUCGCCUGUGGGAUAUUUAUAUGAGACGGGACCCGCAUCCAUUGAAUGGCUGGAUAGAGGAGGAUUCUUUUUCGACACCUAUGGAAGCAAUCUGGUCUUUUUGAACGAGGACACUGCAACGUCCCCCUAUGGAUCUGGACGCCUUGUGAAGGACACUGUCAACCCUGCGCUUGUGAGGAAAUGGAUCAGUUUAUGCGAAGAGCACCAUGGAAAUAAAUGCACACCAAAAAAGGAUGUUAUAAAGACGGUUGAAAAUCCCAGAGGUGUGAAGAUCCUCCGUCUUAUUGAUACCCUGGAUCAGUGCAUCGUUGAAGCAAGGCCCGGAGAUCAGUAUCUAGCGCUUAGCUACGUCUGGGGCCCAGUAAUGCCCCUCAUACGACUUCAACAGGACACGAUAGGUAUGUUGACUCAGAAAGGGGAAUUCAAGGACAAUCGUGACAAGAUCCCUGUAACAAUCCGGGACGCAAUGGAUUUGGUUCAGAUGAUUGGCCAGAGAUACUUGUGGGUUGACAGUCUCUGCCUUAUUCAGGACAACAACGACGAUAUGAUGGAUGGGAUUUCACAUAUGGAUCUAGUAUAUCAAUGCUCUCUGUGUACCAUCAUUGCAGAUUACGGAUCCGAUUCCAACGCAGGACUUCCUGGGAUACAUCCAAAUUCGAGGAAUGUGUAUCAGGAAGUCGUCGAAGUUUUACCUGGAAUACGUAUGACGGCAAAGUCGGGCAUUCUGGAAGGCCUGCUUACAUCGUCAUUUGAUAUCAGCAUUUUAUGCUGGGAUAACUUCCCUCACACCAUUAAGCGGCCAGUUCGUCAAGAGAACUUUCCAAGCUGGUCAUGGGCAGGUUUGAAGGGAAUUAAAGAUGGAUAUGCGCGUUCGUCAGGACGCGAUCCCGACUCAACGAAUUCCUGGCUGAAGACGAAAACUUAUAUAGUUUGGUUCAAGCGGUGCCCAAAUUCAGCCAACUUGGAAUUAAUUUGGGAUCUCGCGUCGCAAGAGGCUCAUGGAGUGCCUGGAGAGCACACCAUUGCGUACCGUCCUACCCCCAACGACCCCUACGGUUGUAUUAAACCUUCAUUUCUCGACGGCCUUCAAACACAGCCAACUCUGGAUGAUCCUCGCCGUGAGGAGAUCAUUAAAUCUGAGCUUGACAAACGCAACUAUCACCUCUUGCACUUCUUCGCGUUCACCGUCAUGGUGGAAACUUUAAAAAAGCUUCGCGCAGGCUCUCAGCAGGAAUUGACAAUGGUGUACUCUCUGAAAGGAUACAGAGGCAAGGAAUGUGGCGGGGUCAAACUAGACAACCCGCGAAUGAUGCAAAAGGUGAAGGGGCCACACGAGCUCAUACUCCUUUCAAGCAUGGACAAAUAUGAAGGAUACUUUAACGAUAAGAUCAAGCAUAAGCGGCCGUUCUUUUGGGCUAUGCUGAUUUCUUGGAUUGGAGAUGACAAGGUUGUCGCAGAGAGACGAGGAAUUGGGUUCAUAUAUAAUGAUUGCCUUGACGAUGUCAUUCUUCCUCCUGGGAGGGUGUGGAAAGAGAUUGUUCUAGCUUAA